AUGGCAGCGGCACCUUCCCCGCAGUCAACAGCGCCAUCCACGGGCUCUGACGCGCAGGACCCCAAGGUAUUCACCAAAACUGAUCUUGACCAGAUCAUGGAACAAAAGGAAGCCAACAUGAACCUGAGGGAAGCCGACAUGAAGGCACUCCACCAAGCCGAAAUAAAGCGGCUGGAAGACAAGAUUGACAUGCUCAUCAGUGAGCAAAGAGACCCAAGCUUCAGAGGCAAGUCUAAGUCAAAUUCACACAAAUCGUACCAUGAUGCCGAAUUUUCCAGCGCAAGGGGCCGGCCGGAGACGCCGCCACCACCGCCGCGGAUGCCGCAUCGGAUGCCGCCUCAGGGUUUCGCAUUUGAAAUCGACUCAGACAGCGAAGACAACGCGUCCCUUAUCAAGGACAAGAACAAGUACAAGGAUGAGGACGAGUACGAGGAAAAGGACAAGGACAAGAAGAAGAAGUCCACCCGCAGCUGUUACGACCCUAGUAACGAUCCCUCCAGUUCAUCGAGCAGUGGCUCAGAUGAUUCCGACAAUUCAGACUCCGAAUCGGACAGCGAGUCGGAUCUAUCUGGUGAUAGGAACCGGCGUCGCAAGCAUAAGAAGAAACACGGCAAGUUCAACCUUGAGUGGAAGUACUGGGACUGCAAACCAGACAAGUCGCAGUGGGUUCGAGGCCCCGACUCAUACAAACCAUGGCGCAAAUUCAUUGACUUAUCGCUGCAUUCCGUUGGGUGGAAACCAAAGAAGAAGCUGACAGCCUACGACGAGACGAGACUGGCUAAGGCGAUCUUGAUGACGUCGGACGGCUUAGCAAAAGGACUCAUCGACAACCUCACGGAGGGGACCAAGAUGUUGGAAUCGCUUGAGGCCAAUUUCGAUCAAUCUGCCAAACAAAGGCUGAGGGCACUUUGGAAGGAUCUCAACGCACUAAGAUACGACGGCAAUUGCCCUGUUACAUUUAAUACAAAGUUCCGCAAGGCCGUGUCCGAAUGUCAAGAUGCAGGACUCGAGAUUAAGGGUGAGCAACAGAUCACCAUGUUCCUUACAGCUGCUGAAGACAAGGCUUCAGGCUGGACUCGACAGCAAGACCAGUUCCUUCGUCGCAACGACAUGACACCGGCAGAACUCAUGGAAGAAUUCGCCAACGCGUUCCACCACAAACUAGAACGAAAGAACAACGGUAACCAGAACAACGGAAGGAGCAAUAGAGGAAACAGCUCCAACAACGCUCAGGCGUCUGGCAGAGGAAAGAAUAACAAGAACAGCAAUAGCAAAAAGGGUCGACAGGCCAACAAGGAUGACAAGUGUCACAACUGCGGCAAGAAAGGCCAUUUCAAGCGAGACUGCCGAUCUCCUCCCAAGGAAGGUGCCAACGCGAAUGCCAACGCGAAUGCCGCAAAAGGGCAAGAGCAGAAGACCGCGGCACCACCUGGACUCCAGGAAGCACUUGGCGACCAAUUCUACGGAGCAAAGGCAGGGUUCGAUUACCAAGACCUCAUUGACGAGUACGAACAGGCCAUCGCUCGGAACCAAGCCCAAGCCCUUAUUGCACAAACCUACACGUCAGAGGCCAGACCAACCGAUUCUGAGCUGUUGAUAUUCGACACCGGAGCAAAUAUUCACGCCACGAAUGAUGAAAAUGACUUUGAACAGGGCACGGUGGUCGACUUGAAGAAGAAUUCGUACCCUAUCGUCACAGGCGGAGGCGUCGUACAUGCCCAGAGGGCUGGCUCAGUCAAGUGGAUCUUGAGGGGUCCAGAAGGUCAACGCAACUACUUGGUCGCCAAGUACGUACUUUUCAUACCCCAGUUCCCCGUCAAGGUAUUCUCAGGAGAGCUAUUCUACCUGAACGGAGGUACAAUUCAAGGCAAUAACAUCGUCAGCCGCACCGGCACAGUAAUUACGACAACAGAUGCCGAGAAAAGAGGCUGGUUCUUAUGGUAA